AUGUCGAUGAAGUCUCACGGGUUUGAGACCUCGAUGGACGUUGCGCGCCGACAACAAUACCAUGCAGCGCAAUUGGCAGGUCACAAAAGGCCUUCCACCGAGUUAGAGACUACCAACACAGAAUCUGAGGUGAGAGCUCUCCCGAUACCUCGGUACCAACCACAUGGUGAAUUGGAUAUCGAAUCCACCCCGUUGGAGUCCGCUCGAGCCGCCUUGGAGGCCCCUCCAAAUAGAUUUACCGCCAGCAAGAUCCGCACAGGUCCGGGCGCAGACAUAACGGGCCAAGAGGAUGAGCUACACAAGGCCUCUAUCGCACCUCCGAGGUCGACUCAGAACCCUUUGCUUUCGCUAUCCAACCCAAAGUACGGACUUCCUGCAGCGCUCACGGCUAAUUUUUCGGCUCUGGGCGUCACCAGCAUCUAUGCUUGGCAGGCAUCAUGUUUGUUAGCUCGGGGUCUGCUCUCCGGUGAGCGACACUUGGUCUAUACUGCCCCCACUGGGGGCGGGAAGUCCAUGGUGGCAGAUGUAUUGUUGUUGAAGCGUAUCAUUGAGAAUCCCGAACGCAAAGCUAUUUUAGUCUUGCCGUAUGUGGCUUUGGUCCAAGAAAAGCUUAAGUGGAUGCGUCGAAUCGUCCAAGGUGUGGAGAAGAAUGUCCCAGAUGAAGAUGAAGAUGAUUCGAGCUUCACUCGUAAGCGAUGGAAAAACCCGUCGAAACAAAUCCGCGUUACGGGAUUCUUUGGUGGUAGUCGGACCACUAAUACUUGGGCUGAUACUGACAUUGCGAUAUGUACGAUUGAGAAGGCAAACUCAUUAAUCAAUACUGCGAUCGAGGAGUGCAGCAUUGGGAAUUUAGCAGUGGUCGUACUCGAUGAGUUGCACAUGCUUGAUGAUGAACACCGUGGAUAUCUGUUGGAGCUCAUGGUUACCAAGUUGCUCCUAUUGCAGCAAGAUAUCCAGAUUGUGGGAAUGAGUGCCACGCUGUCGAAUACUGAAAUGUUGGCCGAAUGGAUGAAUGCCAGGUUUUUCAUCUCAACAUACCGACCAGUCCCCAUUGAUGAAUACUUGGUGUAUGAAAAUACGAUUUAUCCAGCUGCAACAUCCAGGCAACUGUUUCAGACAGCCACGAAAUUGGCUUCGACGUCAGUGCCUGAGUCAAUCCCGCCCCAUAGAAUUAUUGAGCCCUCAACCUACAAAGAGCUUGGCAAUGCCGCGACCAACGCCAUGGUAGCACUGGCUGUGGAAACUGCUUCGGCGGGCUACGGAGCUUUGGUUUUCUGUGGAAGCCGCAAUGCAUGCCAGAUUAAUGCCGCGACAAUCGGCGAAGCUAUGCCCCAUGCAGAGGACAAGGAAGAGCUGAACAAGCGACUCGAUUUGCUUGCCGAUCUUAGAAGCCUCACAUGUGGGCUAGACCCUGUUCUCGAAAAUACAGUCAUUAAGGGCACAGGGUUUCAUCAUGCUGGAAUGACAAUCGAAGAACGGGAACUGAUUGCAGCGGCCUAUGAUUCAGGUGUGCUCAAGGUACUCAUCGCCACAUGUAGCCUUGCUGCUGGAGUGAACCUCCCCGCCCGACGGGUCAUCAUCAAUGGAGCCCGGAUGGGCCGAGAGUUGGUCGGCCCUGCGAUGUUGCGGCAAAUGUGUGGACGGGCUGGGCGCAAAGGGAAAGACGAUGCUGGUGAGACAUACUUGAUAUGUGUCAAGGCUGACCUAGAAGCCGUAUGUGACCUAUUGGAUGCCGAUAUGCCUGCCAUCGAAAGCUCCCUUGUCCCUGAAAAACGAGGUCUGAAACGAGCCUUGCUAGAAGCCAUCGCAACGGGCUUAGUAUCCGGUUGCGAGGCAAUCAAGGAAUACGUACGAUGUACGCUGCUGUACCGUACCCUCGACAAGAAACUUGCAUAUAGCAUCAUGAAUUCGGCUCUAAAAGAAUUGAUCGACGAAGAGCUCUUGGCUUUGAAAGAAGAUGAGGCAUAUGAAGCAACUCUGCUAGGCCAAGCCAUUGUAGCCUCGGCAUUCGCUCCCGAGGAUGGAUUAUCUGUACACGAGGAGCUCAAGAAAGCUCUUCAGGCCUUCGUGAUGGAUGGCGACAUGCACAUUUUCUACAUUUUCACCCCGCUGCAGGUAGCCAUGAGCACCCCAAUCGACUGGCAAAUAUUUCGCGAUAAACUCGACCAAUUGGACGAGAGCGGCAUUCGCGCAUUGCAAUAUGUCGGUGUUCAGCCAGGCUUCGUCAAUACAAUGGUCAAAUCCGGAGCAUCAUUGAAAGAAGUAACUCCGGAACAGAUCCAGAAAGCGCGUAUCUACCGACGCGCGUAUACAGCCUUUCAGCUCCGCGACCUAAGCAACGAAAUCCCCUUAGCAACGAUUGCUCAGCGGUACCGCAUCCCCCGCGGAACGGUCCAGACAUUAGCGCAACAAUGUCACGGCUUCGCGGCUGGCAUUGUCAAAUUUUGCCAGCGCAUGAACUGGGGCAUGUUAGCCGCUGUGCUGGAUCACAUGCGCGAUCGACUUGAAGCGGGUGCUCGUGCUGACCUACUUGAGAUGGCGCAGGUGACUUUUGUCCAGAGUUGGACUGCACGCUUAUUAAGGGAAAAUGGAUUUCGAAAUCUGCGUGCCUUAGCUGAGGCUGAUCCGAAGGACCUGGUGCCUGUCCUUAUGAUGGUAAACGCCCGCAAGACGCAGAAGAACCAACUCUACCCGACAGAGGCAGAGAGAUAUGCUGCAAAGCUAUUGGCGAAGGCUGAGAUUAUUGUAGCUUCCGCAAAUAAGAUCUGGGAACGAGAGGUGCAGGUGGAAGUAGAAGCAUGA